AUGCCAGGCAAAGUCCUAACCCUCAUCGUGGCAACAACGCCCGUAACCCGCGCUGGCUCCCCGUCUCCCCUCCUCGGCAUCGGGCUCAAUGGCACGCUUCCCUGGCCGCGCAUUAAAUCAGACAUGGCCUUUUUCGCACGCGUUACUACGCGUCCACCCUUUUCUGGUCACUCUACUGCUGCCGCGAACGACAAAGUCAACGCCAUAAUAAUGGGUCGCAAGACGUAUUACUCGCUCCCGAAGAGUCUGCGGCCGCUCAAGGAGCGGCUGAAUGUCGUGAUAUCGCGGGAUGAGAGCGGGAGUGUGGCGGAUGAGGUUGCGGGGGAUCUGGCGAGGCAGAGGGAGAAACAUAAUAAUACUAAUGAUAAUGUUAAUGUUAAUAAAAGUGGUGGAAGUGAUAAACGCGAUGCGUUUGUGUCACACAGUCUUGGAGCCGCGCUUGAGCAGCUGCGAGAGAAAAAGGGUGAUGAGUUGGGCCAUGUGUUUGUUAUCGGGGGAGGGGAGAUAUAUAAUUCUGCCUUGAGGUUAUGGUCCUCGCCGUCACGCGAAGAGGGCAAGGAAAGGACAGUCAAUUUGAGAAUACUCAUGACGCGAGUCAAGAAGAUUAAUAAUAAUGACGGCGAAGAAUUCGAGUGUGAUACCUUCUUCCCGCUUACGGAUGAGGAUUUGAGCUCCUCCUGGCGAGAGGCUGGGCCGGAGGAGCUGGGGAGUUGGGUUGGGGAGCGUGUGCCGGGGGAUUGCGACUGGGUUGAGGAAGGAGACGUUGCGAUUAAGAUUGUAGGAUAUGAGAGGGUUGUAUGA